GCCGCCUCAGCGCGGAGGCUGGAGGCUGUGCUGGGUUGGAAGGCCGCGGGCUAGAGCCGGUGGCUACCGCCGUGGUCGGGGCGCCCAGCCGACCUUAGCUCGGCCUCUCCGUGACCGCCUCGGCCCCGGGGGACCCGCAUCCCUCCGGACACAGCCUCUCCUCUCCCAUUCCCUCCGGCCUAAGCCUUCGGGCGCGCGGAGCCGCCCCUCUCUCCCUGGAGCAUCAGGACCGUGAACUGGGGGGUCAAGUCCGCCGGCGAGCUGCUUGCCUUUCCCAGGCCUUGAUAAAGCAAGUAUGUUUCGUCUCAUACAAAGAUGCUGCUUCCACACACCUUUCAAACUCCAGAAGUUAACCAGUCCCAGACUACUACUGCAUGGAAAGAAUAAGACAACUUGGUCUCCUCUUGGCCUCUGGCUGCAGAGAGGUGUGUGUCCUCUCUCAGGAUCUCCAAGCCUCAACCCAGCAUCAGUAUAUACAACGAAGCUCCAGGCUUUUCACACCUCUCUUCCCUUCUUCAAGAAGAAACCCCCCCCAGAUUCUGAGAUCAAAGGCCCAGGCAUCUUGGAGCGAAGUAUGAAAUCACUGAAGGAGUCUCCCAAGCCAGCCCUUUACUUAAGCCUUGCAGGGCUAAUUCCAUUUGCUUCUGUGCCACUGUUAAUGGCCGUCCAAGGGACCUACUACCCAGAGCUGGUGUCUGCUCAGCUUAUGUAUGGUGCUGUAACAGUCGCUUUCAUAGGAGGAAUGAGGUGGGGGUUUGCUCUCCCAGAAAACAGCCCAGCUAAGCCAGACUGGCUGAACCUGGCUAACAGUAUAGUUUCUCCUCUACUUGCGUGGCAAGCCUUACUUCUUAAAGAUAUCACUUCUAGUGCAAUAAUGCUAGUAAUAGCUUUAGGGAUUGCACUGCAUUAUGAUGUUUCCCUUCUUCCUACUUAUCCUAGGUGGUUUAAAGUACUGAGGGUAGUGGGAACAGUGGUGAUGGUAUUAUCACUAUUAUCUACUGCAGUGUUGAAGACUAUUGCAGAGAUGCAACCAAGUGACAGCAGAGAUAAAUGACAGAACAUGGAAUAAAAAAAUCAACAGGAAAACACUCUUUAUCUGUCAGUAAGGUAUUUGUAUUGAGUUCCAGGGGAAACAAACUUAUUUGUGCUUAGAAGUCAUAAGAUGGUAGUGAUCAAAAUGCUUAUUCCUGAAACAAACAGCUAGUUUAGGAGGGAAGGAUUGUGAAUAGCGCUGACUUCUAAGGCAGGCAUGAGUUUGUCCUUAUCUGUAGAAUAAAGCAUCACUCAAAUGAAAUGUUACUGUCAUGAAUUUAAAAUGGAAUUCAAAUGACAUGGGUAUGAAUUUCUCUAUGCUGAAUUAUUAAAAGUAUCUGAUUGAAC